GGUUGCAGUUGUUAGGGAGAGGAAAAAAAUGUAUAAAAGAGAAGCAGGCAAAUGAGGGAGAAACUAGAAGACAGAACAGCAGCGUGAGGAGCUUCCUAAAGCAUUUAAACCACUGAAACCUCUGCAACCAACAAGCUGCGUGAUGGCUGUCAGCAGAAAGGUUCCCCUGAUGGUCAUUUGCCUACUUCUCAUCAGUGGUUCCACUUCCCAGCCAAAAAGAUAUCAAAUGCCCGGGGCCAAUCGGACAGGAGCCCUCAGACCCCGUGCCAUCCCGUCCAAGGCCCUCGAACUCCCGCCCGAUGCCUAUUAUGACACAGAGGACGACAUUACCACCAUUCCACCGAAGACUGUAUCUGCAAACAGAGGAACCUUGAAGAGAUGUGACUACAACCCCUGUGAGAUAGACCAGCCGCCCUGUGCUGAAGUCGCAGCCACAAAUCACUGCUUGUGUCCGGGGUUCACUUCUCACCUAGAGGCACCGCAGGUUCCUUUCCUGAAAACAGUGUCUUGGAACGGCUCUGACGUGGUCCUCCGCUGGUGUGCUCCUUACUCCUUGGUCAAAGCCUACAGGGUGACGGUUGGCGGGACAGAGAGGCAGCGGUUCGGGAUGCACCGACGCAGCGGAGGCGUGGGCCUCAUAGAGAACGUCUCUGAAGUUUGCGUGGUGGCGCUGAAUGACGCCGGAGACAGUGAGGCCUCGUGUAUGAUGUACCAGCCCAGGGACCACAGUCUGCCUCUUAAAGCAGGGCUGAUAGGAGGCGCUCUGGGCCUCCUGCUGCUCUUCUUGCUGGCCGUCCUGCUCUGGAGGCGUCGGCAGCAGAGAAGCCAUCAAGGAACGUGUCACUCAAACCAAGGAAACCCUGUUUCUCACCAUCCAUCAAUUUCCCGUACUGCUCAUCCUCACUAGUUUUAUGGUUGUGCUGGAGCCUAUCUCACCUGACUCUUGGUGAGAGGCAAGGCACACCCUGAACUGGUCGCCAUCUAAUCGCAGGGCACAGAUAGAUACGCAAACAACCAUUCACACUCUUGGAAUCUAGUGUUACACCCUGUGUGGAAUCAAUGUGGCAAGUGGCAAAUAUACAGGAUGGGGCAGGACAGGAGAGGGAAGGAUAGGAUAAUCUGUCGCCUUGCUUCCGGAGCCGCUUCCAAAGGAAGACCACCACCAAAGACCAGCUGAUCAGCGUUCGUGAGUCGACACUGCAAUCCUUACUAUGAUGUACAACAUCUGUGCGUAAUAAUUGUGGGGAAAUUACUAGCUUCAUAUGAAAUCCCAACUUUGCCUUCUCUCGCUCUGAAUCAACGCAUUAAAUGCUCACACGCUCAUUUAGUUUAGCCCAGCGACCACACACGAUGUCCUAAUUUCCAUUUUCGUACGCCUUAUUUUCUCUUUCGUUUACCCUUAGUGUUAUUUUCCUUGUUGCAGUUUGUAGUUGUGUGUUUCAU